GUUCGCCGUACAAUGAAUGCGCUUGUAUCCUCUUUGUCACAUUUCCGCUCAGUGAUCGUGAUAGCCAGGCGAAAUUACUUUCGCUUCGCUGCCGUUGCGUUAGAUCGUGAAUUCUCGUUGCUUGCAGUUUCACUCACCUGCUCUGCGUUAGUUCCUGGUUUCUUGUCUGUGGAUCGCGCGCGCCCGCCGCAGCCCGCACCGCACCGCACUUGUUACUGGUUUUUGUAUUGUGUAGGUGCUGUGUUGAACUUGCAGUGAUUAUUGACAAGGAAUUAUCAUUCAAAUUUGUGAAUUUAUACCAAAUAUUGUAAAAAAGUGUGAAUAUUCGUACACAGCCAAGAUAUCACAAUGUAAACAGCUGUCGUGAUCAUUGCGGAAAUCAUUAGUGUUGUGCACCGAUGUUUAUUCUGAUAAUAUUAUCCUGAUUCCUACAUUUUGAUAAUGUUGAUGAAUGGCAUCUAAACGUGGGGAUAGUGACAAGUCCACGAUGACGUCUACCGGCGGGGCAGGUCCGAGCAUAUCUGGGAUGGCCGUCCCUGUUCCUCAAACGUUCGGGCUUCAAGCUGCUGGCGGCUACAGCUCAUCGGAAACGCAGUCUCCAGAAGUGGCAGUGCCUAACCGGAGCGAUCGUGAAAUGCGCAAUGUGGCCGAGAAAAACAGAAGAGAGGCCUUCAACGCGCAAAUCACGCAAAUGAUGUCCUUAUUGUCUGACAUCGUCCAUUCACAACGUAAAAUCGACAAGACGAGUGUCCUACGCCUCGUCGCUAGUGAACUUCGCAACCAGCACAUCUUUGGAGACUCUAUUAAGUGUCGUCAUCUCGAGACAUGGUCGUCUGCUAUACUGAAGUUCUUCGACCUCAUUGGUGGGUUCAUGUUGGCGGUCACUUGUUUAGGACGUAUCUGUAACGUCUCCCACAACGUUCAGGAAAAGUUAGGUUACUGUUACAUAGAUCUCUUAGGCCAAGACUUUUACAAUUACGUUCACCAUGAAGAUAAACAGAUCCUGAGGCAACACAUUUACCCACCGGAACUGCAGACUGGCUGCAGUCAGCAGCUGUUAGAAAAGCAUCAUAAUUUUCAUAUAAGGAUUAUGAGAGCAGGAGCUCGGUCUGACCCCCCGAGGUAUGAGCGCUGCAGAAUAGAUGGCGUGCUCCGACGUUCCGACCGAGCCACUGCAGAUACUGUGCAAGAGGAACAAACUAUCAGGAGGCAAAGGGUAAGACACCAUCGUACCUUCUCUUCAAGCGGUAAUGACUAUGUUUUUAUAGGAAUGGUCCAUAUAUUAACAAAUAACUUGCCAGCCAGAGUGCUACCACCAACUGCAUAUUCAGAAUAUUGGACGAGGCACUUGAUUGAUGGCAGAAUAGUGCAAUGCGAUCAGAGCAUCUCGCUAGCAGCUGGAUACAUGACGGAAGAGAUCACAGGAACCUCUGCCUUCUUUUUCAUGCACAAAGAUGAUGUCCGUUGGGUUAUUUGUGUGUUACGACAGAUGUAUGACCAGAGUAAGGAGUUUGGAGAGUCUUACUACAGAUUGAUGUCCCGAUCUGGCCACUUCCUGUACAUGAGGACGAGAGGGUACCUCGAGAUUGAUAAAGACACAAAGAAGGUACAAAGCUUUGUUUGUGUUAACAGUGUAAUAGGGCAGGAGUAUGGACAGAGGAUGAUGGAUGAGAUGAAGAGGAAGUACUCUGUGAUGGUGGACUGUGAUAACUUAGAGAGAGAGAAAACUGCAUGUGCAGACGAGGCUCCCGUAGAGCAUCCAAAGCGUUUAGAAAGAAUUGUGAUGCACCUCUUAGAACCAGCCGCCAAUGAGAAUGUGGAUGAGCUGAAACUAGUGGCACCGUCUAAAGAGAAUAUAAUUUCUGCAAUUAAGAAUAGUGAGAGAGUUGUACAAGAAACCGGUGUUAGAUUUGAUACACGCAAAAGAAAAAAUUCAGACUGCGAGGACAACAGUGAACAUUUAAAAAAGCAUAGCAGUCUGUUAGAGUUUUAAUUUCAUUCAUUGUGUAUGUUUGUUCCUAUGUGAGAGAUGGUUUGUGGAUAAACAUUUAACUAAACCUUGUGUCGAUGGCCGCUAACUUCUCCCGGACAAGUUGUAAGAAACAAAUCUUUUUCAUAAAAACAAUUAUUGUCUUACAAGUGGUAAAUGUUUGGGACAUUUUUAUAUGUGAAUCUGAGUGGUAACAACUCAUACAAUAUUUAUAAUACAAUACAUUAUACAGUGUAAACUCUAUAUAAUGACACUAAAGGGAUUGUACAUUUUUGGUGUUAUAAAGAGUGGUUGUUAUAUGGAAAGAAGAACAUGCAUUUUUCUUCUUUAGUAAAACUUUUUUGACAAAACACAGUGUUUUUCUUUUUGAAAUAGCCAUGUUUAGUAGUUUGUGAGCAACUAAGCAUAUGAUAACGAUAUAGAAAAGAAUAUUACUUCUACUUAUUUAUUAGUCAUGGUCAACAACAGUGCACAUGUGCAGUCUCAGUUUGUAAAUGAAAGAACAAAUUUCUUAGACAGUUUUUUUGGAUGAUGCUGACAGUCAAGUUUAUUACAGGCUAGGAUAAAAUUGUGACAAAAGAAUGUAGACAGACAGAAUAGUUUUCACUAAAUAGGAUAAGGCAACUUAAAAGGAUUUUUUUUUUAUUCUUUAAAGGUACUUUUUAUUUCUUCUUCUUCUUCUUCUUCUUAUUUGUCUUUAUAGAGAGUGGGUGAAACGCUAUAACGUAUCAUUGUGUGUAACCAAGCUAAACCAAUCAAAGCCAUGUGAUUUCGACGCUUUAGCAAAUUUGUCGUUAAAUUGAGUGACCUUAUAUGGAGUUUACACUGUAUAUUAUAAUAUUCAGGAGUUUCAGACAAAAGUGUUGUAACAACAUAACAAUUUAAUUGAAUAAAUUGCAAGGAAAUACAGACUUUUUGGCAUAUUUUUAAUUUGUUUCAAUGUGUACAUUUCUAUUAUAAUAUGUGUAUCAUAAACAACUUAAAAUUUUUAACAAAUAAUCUAGUUAGUAAGUCUUAAGCUUAUGUAGAAAUAUUGAAUGUGCCAAAUGUUAUUGUAACGUAUUAACAAAAUAUAUAUUAAUAUCAGUUUUCUGUACAUCUACGUUUCUGUCAAAUUAAUUUUGACAAAAAAUUAAUGAGAAAAAUCAUAUAUUAUGAAUAUUGAAUACUGACACAACCAGUUGAGACAUCCUUGGUCAAAACCAGCUAAUCGUCAGAGUUCAGAGCUCUGACAAAGUUUGUUUGUUGAUCAACCAAUAACAUGAUUCUAAUCAGUCUUUCAAUCUAUCAAAAGAGAGCUAAAGGAUUGAGGAGCUUUCAUACUGUUUCAUAGAAAGUUUAUGGUUGCAUUUUAAAAUUUUCUUGUCAAUUAUGAUUUUAGCAGAUGUAAACGAGUGUGACAUGAUUAAGUUAUCAUAUUGCAAUUUAAUUUUUUGAUAUCUUGCACAAUAUCUAUAAAUUACGUGAUGGGUUUUUAAUGAUGAUGUGAUGGGACCUAGAACUGAUACACUUAAACCUUUCAGAUGUUUUGAUAUUAUAAUAUUCAUCUCAUCCUUUAUACCACUCUUUAGAUUGCCAGAAACAUUCACAAUAGACACUUAAUAGAACUUUUAUCUGAUACAAUAUAUUGAUAAUUCCAUAUUCAGAUAUUUUAUUGCAAGUAUUACCUAUGCUGAAUUGCUUUACACUGUUUUAGUGUUGUUUUCAUAUUUUCAAUUGCAGACUUAAUUUAAAAUUUAGUAAUAUUAUAUAUGUAUCUAUUUUUGUUCAAUUCUAGAAAAAAUCCAUUAAUUUGACUUGUAUAACUGUAAAAUUUGAGAUUCAGAAACUACUUUUUGAUUAUUAGAACUGCUCAUAUUUAAGUGUCUCGACAAAAACAUAACUACAUAUAAUGAAAAAAUUUUAUUGGCCAGCUGGCCUUUUCACUAUUUUGGUCUUCAUUAUCAACUGUUAAAAUAAAUGUCAAAUCAAUUGACAAAAUGUCUUCUACCCACUGAUGAUAUCCACCAGUAAGCACGAGAUGACAUUUGCUACAUAGAAUCUCAAUUUUGUAUCAUAUGUCAACUAGCAUAUGUCAAAGAUAGUGACAUUAUCCAAAAUUAAUCCAAACUUUUGUAUCAGGUUCAAUGGUUGCAGAUACCGUUUUGUUUUGAUUGUCUGAUGGUUAUGGUUGCUAAGUUUCAUGACAUCCUUGAUAAUAAUUAUUGACUAUAAAAUUUUUACCAAUUUCCAUUUUAUAUAAGUGAAAUAAAAAAAAACCUGUUUGGGAAUUUAUCAAUUUUUGGUGCUAGAUUUGGCAAAUCCUACAGAUUGGCUUAGUAACCACAUUAAAAAGUCAUUAGGUAAACAAGAAUGAUGAGGUUUGUCUUGAAUUUUUUCCAACUAUUUUGACGAGUCCUAAAUUCCAUAAUACAUAUAUGCCCACAUACAUAUAUAAAAAUAAUGGCACACUUUUCAUGUCAAUUUAUAUUUUAUUAUGGUUGUACAAAAAUCUUUAAACUAAAUUUUUUUAAAGUAAUGUAAUGUUUUUCCAAAUGAAAAAAAACAACAUGAAAAGGGUAACAGUUGUCAAUUUUGUGUACCUUUUGCCGAGUUGUACAAUUAUUGUUAAAAUAUUUGGUGUGUCUAAUUCACUAGUAGGGGCAAUAUAGAAUAAUAACCAGUGACUGUAUUAAGGUGGGAUAUUUUAUUAUACUACUUUUCCUUAUGGAUAUAAAUUACAUAAUUAAUAAUAAUUAUGUAUAUACUCCUAAAUUAACACUAUAAAAUUUGUUCAAGUUUUAUUAUUGUUUUAAUCCAAUUUCUAAUCAUUAGUAAGGUAAUUUGCCUUUUUUUCUUAAUACAUUUCAAAUAGCUUGACAAUCUUGUUGAUUAGGUAAUAUUCAUAUUUUUAUCACUAUUUCAUUUUUAUAUGGAUGUAAUUCAAUACAAUAUUUGGUUAUACAAUACAGAUAUUAUCUUGUCUUGGCAUCAGAAUUAAUUGAUUUACCUAAUUAAGUAGUAAGCUUGUUAAUUAUUACCUUACCUACCCAUCUAGGAUGUGUAUUGACUGAUAUCUUUUCUAUUUUUAUAACAUAAUAGAUAUUUUACAUAAAUAUUAUUGGACUAAUAACAAACAUAAAAAUAUCGACCAAUUUGAAAAAAAAGGAUAUCACUUCAGUAGUAGUGAAAAUAAUAAUAUACAAAAGUAAAACUUCAAUUUAUAACAUAUCUACAACUUAUAUUCAUCCUUCUUCAUGAACUUCUGCAACAUAACGCUGAUUGAAAGUCCUGCUAAUUUAAAACACCAUAUGAAUGUCGACAAGCAUGUUGGUUGUCGUAAUUCUUAUGGCGAAUUAAAAAAGUAAAAUCGCAUGUAACCGCAUAACACCACUAAUAUGGCUAAUCAGUAAUCUUCAAAAAUAUACGAAUGCAAUUGUUACACAGCUGUAAAAAAAUUGGCAUUGCGAAAAUAGAGACUAGAGUUGCCAAUAAAAAAAUAUUUUUAAUUAAAUGUAUUGGCACAAUAAUUAUUGUGAAUAAUCAAUGUAUUUACCCGACUGCACCAGCGAAUGGCAAAGUAAUGUUGUGUUUAUUGUUAAAUGUAUCGCCAGCCACACACGAUCAAGCGCUGCAGAAGCAGACUAGAUGGGUCACUUGAUCUUGAGUGGCUAGCGUAAUGUAGCUCGUAAAGUUAUUAGUUUAUUACUUUUGUAAUUUUCUAUCAAUAAAUCUCUCAUUGAUUAUCUAGAGAUGUAAUCAUUUGUUUUUUUCUUCAUAAUGAUCAAUUCUUUAAGAGCUGCUUGACAUUUUUGGGCAGGUAUUUAAAACAAGCUGACUCGUCACUCGGAUAUAGGAAGCCCUGUACUAACAGAUAACUGGAAACCUGCCCAAAAAUGACCCUAACUCUCAGAAUAUAAUUUACAUAUCAUUUUCAAAUUAUGUCACACUUUACUGUACGAGUAUCAGGUAGGUGUUAAAUUCUGUUUAAUAGAAAGAUGUUGGAUGAAGUGAAAUUAAUAUGCGAAUUUAUAAAGGCAGGGUGUUGUAAUUUGAUAUAAGGAUACAGGCCAAUUCAAUUGACAAUACUUGUUUCGUCGUGAGGCAAGUUGUGGUAGCAGGGUAAAUUAAAAAUAAGUAUACAAAGAUAAUGUAACUUUAUUACUCAUAAAAGAGUUCUUCUUUCUUAAAUAUAUCUUGAGAUUACAAAGAACUGAUAUUUUGGCGAAAAUUAAAUUAAAAGUCACAUGCUCCCAUAAAUUUCUGCACCUUUGGCGCACCGCGUAAAUCGUAAAGUUUUCAUCACUUGAGCUGGGCAAUCCUGUUGUAAAUAAAAUCUGUGGCUAGCUGGGACUUCGGUAUCACUGGAUAAAAUAGGGUUGAUCUGUUUUUUUUUAAACUGUAUAAUAACUAUCCUUAUUUGAUUUUAUUUGUAAUUUUUGCGUAAAAUACAGUUUGAAAGAACUACAUACAUACAUACUAAACUUGCGAAUAUUUGCCAAAAUUCUCGUUGGUCGAAGUUUAUUGCAGAAAUUGAUGACGAAUGAGUAAAAUGCUCCUAUGGCGUACAUAGAGCCUAGCUUGAAAUUAUAUGAACAGUAUCAAACCGCAUCGGAUUUGCGAAGGUCAUUCGCAACUCUUUCGCACGACUGAUGUAUUUGACUCGAGGUGUUGACGUGCCUACUCGUACAUUGUACUACAGGUUACCUACUGUCGCUGGUUAACAAUUUGUGUAUAUAAUUUUACUUAUUGCAAUAUAAUUAUGCUUAUUACGGUAUAAGAGAAUUAGUGUUUCAAAAAUCACCUACAAGCGUAAGUUUGUUAAAGCUAUGUCUCUACAUAUUUUUUUAAACAUGUGAGUAGUUUUGUACCAUCAAAUACUUCAUUAUUUGUCGCCGAAGUAUUUUAUGCCAUAACAUAUAUAUGGCUAUAACAACGAAAGUGUCCAAAGUCCUAGGAAUAGGUAUUGGCAAACCCUUGUGUUCAUGUGGUUCGAAAGGAAGUUUUAGAGUUACGAAUAUGUAUGUUUCUAAUAAUCAUUUAUUUUUGUUACUCAGCUUCUGCUAAGUUAAAAUUGUGUAUUUCUGAAUUUGAUGUUGAAUUCAAUCGUGUAGCUGGAGCAUUUGUGGAACAUAGUUGGUAAACUUACCUAAUAUUUUGAUUGUGUUAUUGUAAUAUAUAUUCCUUUCAAUGAUCUGAACGUUUAUUGUAAUGUAUAUUAAUAAUAAAUUAUAUUAGUAAUAUUUAGAAGAAUGCACAAAACAUUUUUACUCUUGCCAAUGUUUCAAUGUAAUGCAACGCAAACUUGUACUUUGCCUUCAGUCGACAAGAUAUUAAGUAUGUAUUCAUAGAUGUUUAGAAUUUAUAUGGGUGUUAGCAAUGAUAUUAUGCCAUAGAUAUUACGGUACACAAUUCGUUUCCUAUGUGAACUAAAGACUUGCUUAUAUUGAACGCGAACUUCUGGUUGAGGCAAAUGGAUCACUUAAUGCUAGCCACUCAACAUCCGAUAAGCCCACAUGCCUGCAGCGCUAACGGCUUAACGUCCGAUAAAACUGAUGGUGUGUUGGUCACGAGCGGCAUGUUGUCACGCACAUCGCGACCAACACACGAUCAGAUUUAUCAGUUUUGUUAGUGGCUGACAUAAGUCAUACACAUAGGCGUUUUUAGUUUAUCUACAUUUUAAUUGUAAAAUAUUAUUGUUGAAUGGCGGGCCUACUUUCUUAAAAAUGUAUGACAAUUAUUAUUAUUGUCAAAUUUAUAAUAUUGUAAGCUUUUAACUUGCAAGCUGUGCAAGCAAUUUUUAUAUUACAGUUGAAUAUGGGCUCUAACUCUAGCACUCUUUAAUACGAGUGUCAGAGUAAGCUGUUUUCAACAGUAAAUAAACGUAUAUACCUACAUAAUGUGUUUGUUAGAACUUCCAUGUUUGCGUAUAGCUUGUAUAUUUGUAUUGAUGUCUCAUCGAGUGUGAAUCGAAUAGUUGCACUUAUGUUAUUGUAAUAGACAAUGUUUGCUCUAAGUGUACCAGAUUAUGCUAUUGCACAAUAGUAAUUAAAAAAUAUGAAACAUGGAAGCGACCAACGCGCAUUUGUUUGUGUCCGAAUUUGGAAAGCCAUUUAAUUUGUGCUAAACAAGUAAUAUUAUAAAUUAUUGUAAUUUACGAUUCAGCGUACUGUUGCUGAAUUAACGAAAGACUUUGAAUAUUUGACUGUGUGUUGAUGUUUAAUGAUGUCCUAUUAUUACACGGCGUAUAGUGCACAUACUAAAUGUACUUUAUUAAUGGAUUUUCAAUAUUCGGGUUUAAUGAAAAAAUGUGUAAAUAGGUUAUGCAUACAAAUGAACUCUAGCUAAGCUCAUGUUGUGUUACUGUUUACACACAUUGUAUGUAGUUAUUGGAAUAGGUAUACUUGCAUGAUUAUUAUUUAUUAUCAUGACUUUGUUUACCAUCUCAGUUGUAGGUAUAAGGCACGAGUAUAGUAUAUAAUCUGAGAUCGCUCAACGCUGCAGCUUGUAUAUACGGAUUAUGUCAUUAGAACAAAGAAUUACAUCACUGUGUUGGAAUAUAGAGCACCCAAGUUAGAAGUUGGGAUGCUAAAUGUGAAAACUUAUAUAAUUUUCCAAAAACUCUGCGAUUUAAAUCUUUGAUUACAAUAUUAUAUUACGAUUUCUACAAUAUCUUUUUAGUAAUGUUUAUUCACUAUAUGGGCAUGCUAACUGACUUUUAUCGUCUUUGCUAUAGGUAUUUACGUAAUACGAAAUUAGACUGUCUGUUUUAAAGACGUGCCGACCAUAUAAUAAUUGUGCCUAACUGGUGGAUGGGAGCUAAUUAUACUUAAUGUUUUGUGUAUUAUAGGUAACAUAUAUUAUAUGUAAGGUGUUAUUUGGUGUCUUCAUGCAUUUUAUCGUAUCGUAUUCGAAACGUCAUUAAAUAUAAUGUGUUAAAUAUGUGUAAUUCAUAUAAAGUUGUCGUAUUGGUGUAAGAUAUAGGUAAUAAUGGUUGUGAAAAAUAUUCUGACUCGUUGGGCUUGGUAGUUUGCAUUCCUUAUGGCGACAUUAUGACAUUAUUGAUAUUGUAAAGGUCAGAGAGAAUAAUAUAAAUAUCCAAAAUAUGACUGUUUAUGCCCAAAAAUAGUAAGUCGCCGAGGUUUAAAUCUUUAUGAUUAGAUAUGCCUGAAUGUGUUUUUGUAUUGGGAGGGUAGUUUCAUUAUUGUGUAGGUACUACUUUCAAAAUGGGUCACCUCACUUAUUUGACAAGAGAUACAUAUACAUUAGAGGGCCCUUAACGUUCUGUUUUGUACGUCCGGCAUAUGUAACGAUUUAAAUCUUGGCUCCUAGGUGUUUUAACUGUGACUAUAUAUUAUAGUUUAUAUAUGCUUCGCUGAAAUGAAAUGAUCCAUGUAUUUUCUAAGACAAAGAACUCGUAAUUAAUUUCUUUUUAUCGGAAAUAUGUUUUGUUUAAAAAAACUAUUGUUUGUAACCAAAUGUUAGUUUAAAUUGAUAUUACUUUUGUGUACAUGUAAUAAAAAUAAUAAAAUGUG